AUGGAUCCUAGUUCGAAUGAUCAUCAAGAACAAGUCGAAGCCAUUGACGAUCUUCUUGAAGAUUUCUGGUUCUUUGAUAACUUACUUGACAGAAGAUCAAGAAGCUUGAGGUACUGUCACUCAGAUCCUUACCCUUUUUCUCCUCCUCCUCCUUCUUCCUCUUCUUCUUCCAUUCAUCCAAAACCUGAAUUCCCAAAAACUGGAGAUUCGGAUUCGGAGAAGAAGCUUUUAGAAGCUUCCACCGAGGGAGAGUCGGUACCACCGCCGUGUAUAGAGAAAAAAGAAGGCGGAGGCGAGCCUGAGAAGAUAAACAAGAUGAGAAGACAGUUCUCUGAGAAGAUUAGGGUUCAAGAACGAACAACUUACUUUCAGAAGAAGGAACCUGUGGUUCGAGAAAAGGCAAUUAAACAAGGUUCUAUAAGAAGUAGAACAUGUGGUAAUAAUAACAAUAGUGUCCAGAGUUGCCAGAUGGGAGGGAGUUUGCAGAGAACUCAAACAUUACCGACUUACAUAGGAAGAGAAGAUGAUGGAAAUGAGUUUCAAGAUCAAGAGUGCGAGGAUUCAAGAAUGGGAUUCUUGAUCCGUGAAGCCAUUGCAAGCUCUUCUUCUGUGUCUACUCCAACGAAACAAAACACUCUAAAGGUUUCAAGCAUUCCUAGGCAUAGACCACCAAGAAGCUCGAGAUCAGAAGAGGCUAUUCAAGAAAUGGUGGUCAAAUCACAAAGAAGCUCAAGUCGCAAGACGCUGCGUAAGUCGUUAAGCAGCAUCGAGACGAAAGAGAUUCAGAUGUUAAAAGAAUUGGUCACUGAAUCGGAGAAGAAGCAAGAAAAAGCAGAGGAAGAACAGGGGAGGGUCCCACCCGCCGUCGCCGUGAAAAACCGGUCUGCAGCGGUGGUGGUGGGACAGCCACUUCCGGUUUGGGUUCCAAAUGAUUCGAGAAAAGACAUGAAAGCUCAAAUCAAGUUCUGGGCUCGAACCGUCGCUAGUAAUGUUCGACAAGAAUGCUGA